AUGUCCAACAACCAAGAUGCAACCCAGGCGGCCGCGGCGUCCAGCGACAGCAACAACACCUCGUUAGCCGAGCUCAACUUCCAAGACUGCACCGCCCUCGUAACAGGCGGCUCUUCCGGAAUCGGACUCGCCAUCGCCCAAGAGCUCGUCAACAGAGGCGUCAAGCAACUCGUCAUUAUCGGCCAGAACGCAGACCGCCUCGCCUCCGCCGCCUCACGCCUCCAAUCCUCCUCCUCCAACCUCACCGUCCGCACCAUCUCCCUCGACCUCGGCGCGCGCGAUUCCCCCGAGAGGAUCCAAUCGCAAAUGCAGGAAUGGAACUGGAACGUCGACAUUCUGGUCAACAACGCAGGGUUCGCACGGAAGUACGUCUUCGCCGAGGACUUUGAAACGGACUCCUCGCUCGCCACAGUCGACCUCAUGGUCCGCGCUCCCGUCGAACUCAGCCUGCGCUUCCUCCCAGGCAUGAUCGCGCGCCGCAAAGGCGGCGUCUUGAAUCUCGGCUCGACAGCAGGUCAUCAGCCAGUACCAUACACGGCGCUCUACGCCGCCAGCAAAGCCUUCAUGCAUUCAUUCUCGCAGGCCGUGCGCGAAGAGAACCGCGGCAACGGCGUGCGAUUCGCGUGCGUGGUGCCGGGCGUGACGGCGACGAAUCUCACCGGCGACGGGCACGGCGAGAGACGCGGGCCGAUUGAUAGAGUGGGCGUCGAUCAGCCGGCAGACGUGGCCAAGGUGGCGGUGGAUGUGUUGGAGAGGAAUGCGGCGGCGGAGAUUGUGGGGUGGAAUAAUCAGCUGUUUCAGAAUGCGAUCAAUUUGCUUCCGGAUGAGACGCAGGCGAGGAUUAUUGCGAAGGCGCGGGGCGCUCCGGGGCAGGAGUGA